AUGGAAAACAUAUUUAACAAUCCAAAAAAUCUAAAGAUUGGAUCAAGAAUUUUUAGCUGUAAUUUUAGAGCCUCAGAAAAAAAAAGUAGCGAAAAUGAUGAAAACAAAGAUACUAAAAAUAAAAUUCCCAAUGAAAAUGGAGCAAACAAUUCAAAUAUAAAUGAAGACAACACUGAUGAUGAAAAUGCCGAUAAAAAUUUAAAAAUGUAUUUAUUUAAUGAAAAUAUAAAAGUAAAAAUUGGUACAAUUAGAUUUAUUGGACAGUUAAAAAAUCACCCUAAUAAGCACCAAACAUAUUAUGGCAUUGAAUGGGAUAAUGAAUAUGAUGGUAAAAAUACAGGAUGUUUUGAUAAUGAAUUUUAUUUUUUCCCUUUGCAUUUUAUUAAAAAAAAUAAUCCAAAUAUAUAUUAUAAAUAUAAUAAGGAUAAACAUUUAAUACCUAGAAAUGUAGAUGAUUUAAAAAUGUAUGUAAAAAGUUUUUUAUGCGAAAAUACUAACAAUACAGUAAAACCAUGCUCUUUUCUGUCUCUUAAUAAUAUACACGUUGGAAUCACAUUUAUACAAGCUUUAAAUUUUAGAUAUAAUUAUUUUCCAGAUUUAGAUUUAUCUAUAGAAGAUUAUCAAACAAAAAAAGUAAAAAAAGUUAUAUUUUCAGGGGAAGAAAAAGUUUGUAAUUAUUUUAAAAAUUUUGAAAAUUUAAAUAAUAUUACGUUAAAUAAAUGUUUAAUAUAUACAACAGGUUUUAUAAAUAAUUUAUAUUUUCAUAAUCUAGAAAGUUUGUCUUUAUCUAAUAAUCUUUUUUGUCAAUGGAUAGAUAUAUUUAAAAUAAUUAAAAUCGCAAACAAAUUAUCUUAUCUUAAUUUGUCACAAAAUGUAUUUACAAAAUUGACAUUAGAAACCUUACUAUUGUCUAGUUUAUAUGAUAAUACCGAAAUAAAUAAUGGUGAUACGAAAACUGAGAUCAUUCAUGGUGAUAAUAAUGAUACUAAGACUAUGGCUGAUACAAAAGGCAUAAACUUAUAUCACAACAAUUCUGAUCUUAUUUAUUUUGACAACAUAAAAGAACUUUGUCUUGACAAUACAUUAAUAGAUUGGGAUGAUGUAUUAAUUUUAUCAUUUGUUUUUCCAAAUUUGGAAAUUCUUAGUUUAAAAAAUAAUUAUAUAAGAAAUAUCAAAAUUAAAAAUUUACGUAUUAAAAAAAAUUCAAUAAUAUAUAAAUAUAUUACUAAUGAUAAAUAUGUUAGCAUGUUUUAUCCAGAGUUAGUAAACUCAGAAACAAAUUGUUCUUGUGAUUAUUUUACAGUCUCCAAUAAUGUGUCUAAUAUUAAUACGCAUUAUAGUGAACUACCAAUGGAUAAAAUUAAUAGGUCAAGUGAUGACCCCAGCCAAAAUUUAAACAAUUGUAUCGAAAAAUCAAUGAGAACUGCGUGCUGUGAAAAUAUUAAUAAAACUAACGAUACUACAAAAAAUAAUUCAUAUGAUAUAAAUUUUAGUAAUGACAAUAACAGCAGUAGUAGUAGCGAUGAAGAAGAGGGAUGUGAGCAUAUUAAAGUUGAUUUAUUAAAAAAUUUACGAAAAAUUGUUCUAAAUGGUAAUUAUUUAUAUAGUUAUGAAGAAUUAUUUUAUUUCAUAUAUGUAAUAAAGCACAUCGAAUCUAUAUACUUAAAUAAUAAUAAAUUUAGUGACAAUAGUAAUUUAAUAAACAUAGCCUAUAAUAUAUGCACACAAAAGGAAAAAAAAAAUUCUCAAGAUAUAAGUGUAAAUAAUGAAAAUCCUCAAAGUAUAGACCAAUCAGCAUUCGAUGUUAUAAAUAAAAAUUUUAGUCAUAUCAAAGAAUUUUUGUUUGAUAAUAAUGAAAUAAAUAAUUAUGAAACAUUUAGAGAUUUAUUUUAUGUAUUAUAUAAUUUAGAAAUAUUAAAAUUGCAAAAUUACAAAUUUAUGGAAAAAAAAAAAAACUUAAGAUAUAUAUUAAUAUCUAUUAUGCCUAAUUUAAAAGUUUUAAAUUAUAGUUGCAUAAAUAAAAAUGAGAGAAUAAAUUCAGAACGCUUUUUUAUAUCUUUGUACCAAAGGGAUCCAAUUGCAAAGAUUUUUAAUGAACCUGUUUUAAACAAAAAGCAUAGCGAUAGACUGGAAAAAAUGCAUUACAAGGCAACCGAAGACCAAGGAACUAACGAAAGAUCCAAGUCCAUACAAGGAAACGUAAUUAAUAUACAAAUUAUUCCAGAAUUUAUAAAUUCUCAAAAGUUUAACAUUAUAAAAAAAAAAGUUAAUAAAAACAUGAGCAUAAAGGACCUGAAAUAUUUGUGUUCAAGGCUAUACUCAAUUCCGAUUACCAAAAUAAAAAUGUUCUACACUGAUGAGAACAAUCCGUUAUGUAUAGAAAUCACCGAUACAAAUUCCAGUUUGUAUACAUACGGAAUUGAAGAUAAUUCAAAAAUAAAAAUACAAACCGAGGAUUAG